AUGGGCCGAAACACUUUAUUCCCAUUCGAUGACUGCGACGAAUCUAGUGAUUCCGAAACCGAAGAGCCAGUGGCGGAGGAGAUAACCCAUAAGGGUUUGAGUGACACAUUCAGGAUCCCAAGUAGGUUGAGAGAUAUCAUCAAUAGCUUGACCGACACGAGUGAAGACGAAUCGGAAGAGCCAGCGGACGAGGUGACGGCCCCCGAUGGAGUCUCUGACGCAUUCCAGUCCCAAAUUGGGUCGAGAAACACACCCAAUGAGUCCAACGAAUCAAGUGAUUCCGAAAUCGAAGAGCCAGUGCGGGAAGAGAUGUCCCACAAGGGUUUGAGUGACACAUUCAGGAUCCCAAAUAGGUUGAGAGAUAUCAUCAAUAGCUUGACUGACACGAGUGAAGACGAAUCGGAAGAGCCAGCGGACGAGGUGACGGCCCCCGAUGGAGUCUCUGACGCAUUCCAGUCCCAAAAUGGGUCGAGAAACACUCCCAAUGAAUUCGAGGAAUCCAGUGAUUCCGAAAUCGAAGAGCCAGUGGGGGAUGUGACGGCCCCCGAUGGAGUCUCUGACGCAUUCCAGUCCCAAAAUGGGUCGAGAAACACUCCCAAUGAUUCCGACGAAUCCAGUGAUUCCGAAAUCGAAGAGCCAGUGGGGGAUGUGACGGCCCCCGAUGGAGUCUCUGACGCAUUCCAGUCCCAAAAUGGGUCGAGAAACACACCCAAUGAGUCCGACGAAUCUAGUGAUUCCAAAAUCGAAGAGCCAGUGGGGGAGGAGAUGUCUCACAAGGGUUUGAGUGACACAUUCAGGAUCCAAAGUAGGUUGAGAGAUAUCAUCAAUAGCUUGACCGACACGAGUGAAGACGAAUCGGAAGAGCCAGCGGACGAGGUGACGGCCCUCGAUGGAGUCUCUGACUCAUCCUGGUCCCAAAUUGGGUCGAGAAACACACCCAAUGAGUCCGACGAAUCUAGUGAUUCCGAAAUCGAAAAGCCAGUGGGGGAGGUGACUGCCCCCGAUGGAGUCUCUGACGCAUUCCAGUCCCAAAUUGCGUCGAGAAACACACCCAAUGAAUUCGAGGAAUCCAGUGAUUCCGAAAUCGAAGAGCCAGUGGGGGAUGUGACGGCCCCCGAUGGAGUCUCUGACGCAUUCCAGUCCCAAAAUGGGUCGAGAAACACUCCCAAUGAUUCCGACGAAUCCAGUGAUUCCGAAAUCGAAGAGCCAGUGGGGGAGGUGACGGCCCCCGAUGGAGUCUCUGACGAAUUCCAGUCCCAAAUUGGGUCGAGAAACACACCCAAUGAGUCCAACGAAUCUAGUGAUUCCGAAAUCGAAGAGCCAGUGGGGGAGGUGACAGCCCCCGAUGGAGUCUCUGACGCAUUCCAGUCCCAAAUUGGGUCGAGAAACACACCAAAUGAAUCCGACGAAUCUAGCGAUUCCGAAAUCGAAGAGCCAGUGGGGGAGGUGACGGCCCCCGAUGGAGUCUCUGACUCGUUCCAGUCCCAAAUUGGGUCGAGAAACACACCCAAUGAAUCCGACGAAUCUAGCGAUUCCGAAAUCGAAGAGCCAGUGGGGGAGGUGACGGCCCCCGAUGGAGUCUCUGACGAAUUCCAGUCCCAAAUUGGGUCGAGAAACACACCCAAUGAAUCCGAUGAAUCUAGCGAUUCCGAAAUCGAAGAGCCAGUGGGGGAGGUGACGGCCCCCGAUGGAGUCUCUGACUCGUUCCAGUCCCAAAUUGGGUCGAGAAACACACCCAAUGAAUCCGACGAAUCUAGCGAUUCCGAAAUCGAAGAGCCAGUGGGGGAGGUGACGGCCCCCGAUGGAGUCUCUGACGAAUUCCAGUCCCAAAUUGGGUCGAGAAACACACCCAAUGAAUCCGAUGAAUCUAGCGAUUCCGAAAUCGAAGAGCCAGUGGGGGAGGUGACGGCCCCCGAUGGAGUCUCUGACGAAUUCCAGUCCCAAAUUGGGUCGAGAAACACACCCAAUGAGUCCGACGAAUCUAGCGAUUCCGAAAUCGAAGAGCCAGUGGGGGAGGUGACUGCCCCCGAUGGAGUCUCUGACGCAUUCCAGUCCCAAAUUGGGUCGAGAAACACACCCAUUGAAGGAUAUACCCCUCGAUGGAGACCGUGA